AUGGACUUGCGGCUGCUAGCGGCGCUCGGGGCGCUGCUGUGCGUCUGCUGCAGCAUCGAGGAGGGCUCAGCUUAUACGUUCAGGACUUUCAUGGGCGCGGAAAUUGCCGCAACUGCGAUCUCGAGCAGCGCGGUCGUGGAGCGUCCGUGCGAGUGUCGCGUGCUGUGCCGGGACUCAUGCGUCGCGGUAGCCAUCAGGCGUCAGCCACCACGCCACUUCCACUGCUCCUUCACCGAACAAAAGAUCGCAUUCACCAACGACCUUGUGGCCUCUACUCUUGACAGCAGGGUGUUCUACAAACGCCAAGGAUGCCGUGACAACUUCACGCUCGUGGACAACGUGGGCUGCAUUUACGUCUCCACCGCCACACUGAACUUCACCGCCGCCGCCGCGUCCUGUCCCUUCGACUCCCAACUCUUCACCGCCAACUUCCUCAUCGACUUCGACGCCAUGCGGGAAUACCUCUUGAAGAAUGCCCCAUCCGAAAUCAAGAUAAUUUGGAUUGGUCUGGACCGAACUCCGAAUGCAACAACUUGGAAGUGGUUUGGGGGCGGCACCAUCCCAGCUAUUCACCCAUCACCUUACUGGGGUCAGUUUGACCCAAAUGGAGGGCCUGCAGACU